AUGGUUAUCAAGAACCUGGAAUACCAUGAGCUCCAAGACAACGAAUUACAUUCACCUGAGAACAUGGACAUGGACGAAGAGGACGGUUUUGUGCGAGCACUAGGCUCUGCACUGAACAGGCGCGACGUGAGUCCCGCUGUGGCGGAAAGCAUUGUGAACGUGUUCGCUGGACUAGUGGACCCUCGCGUGGCUUUGGGUGAUGCCGUGGACGGAGGCCUGCCCAGCAAGCAAGCCAUGAGUGUCCUGACUUCUGCCCUGGUGGACCACCUGGGCUCUCCGAAGGCCAGCAGUGCGGCGAUCAUCCAAGUCCUGCGAUGCUUGGUCAUGGUGUCUCGCUCCGAUCUCGGGCUGUAUCAUUUUGUCAAGUCGUGGAAGCGGAAACCCUCGGCCGUUACGCAGCUCUUGGACCGCUUGGCGACCAGCUUCUCUGGCGACAACUCGGACGACGUGACGAUGCUGUCGACAGUUUUGGAGCUGAUUCGCAUGGUUCGACACACGGACUCUGACGACGAUCCGGAGUUUCGCGCCGUGUCGUGUCGUCGCACGCUGCGCCUUCCGGACGUCGACGUUCGCAAAUUGGUUUGGUCGUCGUGGACGGAAGACCCGCAUCCCCUGCGCACGUUGGACGCCCGUCUCGGCGCCGAGACCAAGAGUGACGAGGGCUGCGUGGCCCGGUUGCGGGCGGGCGUCGCGGCGGUGCUGGCCAACUUUGACGCUGUUGCAGCCGCCUCUGUGUCGUCUGGUGUUGGUGUCGGCAGCGGCGGUGGAAGCGAAGGAGCCGAUACAGAUGUCGUUAUGCCUGAGGAGAACGGCAGUGGUGAUUGGCGAGAGCCGGAGAUGGCGGCGCGAGUGCCGCUUGCUCGAGUUUUGGCGUCGCGGCAGUGCGUCGUUGUGCCGACGACGACGACGGACGCUGACAAUACCAACGAAGACGACGAGCAGGACGAUGGAGGCGACGGCGAUUCUGUGGAGUUGUUUGCCCCGAUGAUGUUCACGGAGCAUGCGCCGCGAGACGAGGACGUGGACCUGGUGUCGACGGAUUUGCUGGACGUGGUGACUGCGUGUGAAGUUGGGUCCGGGGGCAGCGGGGCCAGCAACAAUAGCGGUGCAGUCGUCGUGCGGGAAUUGGCGCAGUUUGUGUCGCGGGCGGCAUUUGGUUGUCCCGCGGUGGCGGCCUGGCAUCGGGCGAAAGAAUCCCGUCGACGACGCAGAGAAGAAGGCGGCGCUUCGGCAGCUGCUCCGACUCAGCGAGGAGGGGGAGGAAACGGGGGCGGCGGCGGUGGUGGUGGUGGAAAGAAGAGAGACGGAAGAGCUGCGCGCAAAUCGUAUGUGCGGGAGCGGGGCAGCAGUGGAAGUGGCAGGGACAGUUUUAGGUCGAGGCCGCCAAACACGUCGCGGCCGCCGUCGAUGCAUGUGGACGAUUUCGUGGCCCUGGAGAGUCAGGGCCAUCAACCCACAGGGCCCACGGGUUAUAAUCCCAUGUCGAAGAAGGCGCUUAGAGAUUUGUUCAAGAACCGAGGACGAGGGUCUCGUGUAGCGUCGGGACACGACGUGGGUUCUCCUUACUAUUCGGCGGUUUCCGGAAAAGCACGGGCGACGCCGCCGUGGGGAUCCAGUGGCGGCGGUAGGAAGGAGUCGCGCGGGCGACGCAUAAACCGAUAAAUUCUUGGUUCAAUCGUUUUUUUUUUUUCUUGUUUUGUUUUUGCGAGUGAUAAUUUUUUCUGUUUUGAAUUAUCGGAGGUAUUUUCUUCGGGUUUUUUUUUCCCCUGUUUUUUGCUUUGCUGUGUUACGCGGAUUGAUUGAGAAUGGAUUUACUUUUGAAUCGUCUGUUGAAUCCAAA